AUGGCGCCCAAGUCUACCAUCAACGAGCCUAUUGCCGUCAUCGGCAUCGGCUGCAGAUUUCCCGGCGCGUCUUCGCUACACAAACUGCAGGAGGCUCUUUCAGCCCCGAGCGACCUUUCUCAGACCAUCCCAGAUGACCGUUUCCACGUGGACGGCUUCUAUCAUCCCAACGCACAGCAUCAUGCGAGUACCAACGUUCGCAAAUCAUACUUUCUUGACGUCAACGUAAGAAAGUUUGACCACAACUUUUUCAACAUCACGGCGGUUGAGGCCGCCGCGAUGGACCCCCAGCAGCGACUGCUUCUCGAAACAGUCUACGAGGCCUUGGAAAAUGCCAGUGUCUCUGACAAGCAGCUAAAAGGCUCCGACACGGGUGUGUACGUCGGGCUCAUGUGCGGUGACUAUGAGAACAUCUUGAUGCGUGACAUAGAUUGUGCGCCUAGGUAUCAGGCCACCGGCGUUGGCCGCAGCAUCAUGGCAAAUCGCAUUUCUUACACUUGGGACCUCCAUGGUCCAUCCAUGACCAUAGACACGGCCUGCUCCUCUAGUCUUGUGGCCCUUCACCAAGCCGUACAAGCCCUCCGGCUUGGCGAGAGUAGACUGGCCAUUGUUGGCGGGUCGAACCUGCUGCUAGGCCCCGAAUGGCGUAGACGGCUACGCAAGAGGGGAAGGCGUGGCGGCGGUCAUCUCAAGCGCCUAAGCGAUGCCGUGGCGGAUGGCGACUUUAUCGAGUCGGUGAUUCGCGAGACUGGUGUUGCUCAAGACGGGCGCACCAACGGCAUCACAACGCCCAGCGCUGGAGCGCAGGCGAAUCUGAUCCGUCGGGUAUACGCCAAGGCCGGGCUAGACGUGAACAGGCAAGGCCCGCAGUACUUUGAGGCUCACGGCACGGGCACACCCGCCGGUGAUCCCAUCGAGGCAGAAGCAAUCCAUGCCGUCUUUGGUGGUGCGAGGGCGUCGGACGAGCCCAAUGCUCCACCACUAUACGUCGGCUCCGUCAAGACCAUCAUCGGUCACACCGAAGGGACGGCAGGGCUAGCCGGCUUGAUCAAGGCAACCCUGGCCCUGCAGCAAAGAACAGUUUUCCCAAACAAGCAUUUCCACAAGCUCAAUCCGAAAAUCGAGCCCUUCUACAAGGGGCUGGAAAUACCCACCUCGCCUCUGCCGUGGCCCAAAACACCGGACGGCCAGCCUCGCCGUGCCAGCGUCAACAGCUUUGGCUUUGGGGGCACCAAUGCGCAUGUCAUACUGGAGAGCUUCGAUAACGUGCUUCGCAUGCAUCAAACAGCUGACCAAAAGCCCCAAGAAUCCUUUAUUCCCUUUGUUCUAUCUGCAAAGUGCGAGUCGUCACUGGCCAAGAAUAUUCAGAAUCAUGUCGACUGGAUAAGCCAGCAUAAAAGCCUUCAUGUUCACGACCUUGCUCUGGCGGCUUGUCGAAAAUCCUUGUUUGGUUACAAAAUCGCCGUUCCCGCAACCAACAUGGAAGAUCUAUGCUCCGGCCUUUUGGAGAGACUUGAAAACCGGAAUUGGGCCAAACCCAAUGGGAACACCAGUCCCAAGAGACUAUUGGGAAUAUUCACCGGCCAAGGAGCUCAAUAUGCCGGCAUGAUGAGUGGACUCCUCCAAGCCUCGCCGUGGGCACUUGGACGAGCUUUGGAGCUUGAAAAAACACUAAUGGACUUGCUACCAGCCCAUGAUAGACCUCAAAACUCACUGGUCGGACAGCUGUUAUCAUCGGCUUCGGGAAAAGACUCUUCUUCUGCUGCUGCUGCUGCCGCCGCCAACGUCAUGCGCGCUGAGCUUUCUCAACCUUUGUGUACCAUGAUUCAGAUCCUGCUUGUGGACAUACUCAACAAGGCCGGGGUUACCUUGGACGCUGUCGUGGGGCACUCUUCUGGAGAAAUCGCCGCAGCAUAUGCAGCCGGUCGCCUCUCAGCCGCGACCGCACUAGCCGUUGCAUACUAUCGUGGCAUCAACACCAAGCUCGCCGGCGGCCUGGACGGGAAAAAGGGGGCCAUGUCGGCUGCACCGCUGUCGUAUGCAGAUGCCUGUCUGCUCUGCUCGCAACCUCGAUUCCAGGGCCGGUUGAGCGUUGCAGCAAGCAACUCACCAGGCAGCACUACCUUGUCUGGUGACCAAGACGCCGUCGCCGAGGCGGAGGAGGAACUAAAGUCGCAGUCCAUCAAGGCCAAGCGUCUGUUUGUCGACAAGGCAUAUCAUUCGCACCACAUGCGUUCCUGUGCAGGAGCCUAUGCUGCAAACUUACAACGCCUUUCGGGCUUCAACAAGCCGGGCAAGGGGUCUACGCGCUGGUUCUCAAGCGUGCUGGUGCGAGACACGACAGAUGCCUUGCUCGACAUGAGCUACUGGGUAGACAACAUGGUCCAGCCAGUUCUCUUCUCCCAGGCUUUGGAGGCAGCCUGCAAGACCUUGGGUCCCCUAGACGCCAUUGUCGAAAUUGGACCGCAUCCUGCUUUGCGUGGUCCAGUCACUCAGACCCUGUCGAACCUGUGGCCCGACAGCGAUAUCUCGUAUGUCUCCCUAAUCCAGAGAGGAGGACACGAUGCCAAGUCUAUGCAGAUGGGUCUGGCUCAGAUGCUAGAGGCAGGUAUAGAGUCCAUGGACCUGCAUUCCCUGCAUAAACUACUGUCCCCCGUCCAGAGCCUGCCUGUCAGGGGGAUGCCCACGUACAGUUGGCAUCAUGAUGGAGAAGAUUUGUGGCACGAGACACGCCAUUCCAAGUCGUUUCGUCUGCGACAAAGGCCAGUCCAUCCACUCCUCGGCAGCCUCCUGCCUGACAGUUCAGCGACAGACAUGAGAUGGAGAAACACCCUUCUAGAGUCGGAACUGCCGUGGAUUGCGGGGCACAAAAUCCAGGGCCAGAUGGUUUUCCCAGCAGCUGGAUACUUGUGUGCUGCCGUCGAGGCAGCCCGUGAACUCGUCGGUCAAGAUGAGGACAUCAAGACCAUUGACCUUGGCGACUUUGAGAUUAUUCAGGCGCUGAUAAUACCAGCCGAUGGCUUUGGUGUAGAGUCCCUCUGCACUUUGACUGACGUGCGACGCUUUGGAAAAGCCAAGCUUCAAGCUGCUUUUAGCCUCUACUCGGCUUUUGGAGACCGGUUAUCCCUCAUGGCCAAGGGUACGGUCGAGGUUCAUCUGGCCUCACCAGCAGCAGAGAGCAACGAAUUGUCAACAAUGCCCUUGGAGAGUCACCUUGAAUUCGACCCACUAAUGCGCUCCAUAUCCAAAGAGCGGCUCUAUGCUGCCUGGGAGGAGUUGGGGUAUGGCUAUACGGGGCCUUUCCGGGCCAUCCAUGGUGCUUCGAGAAGGCUUGGCGCAGCCAAGGGUCAGAUCCUCCCGGCCGAUUGUGGCGGCAUAGCGAUACACCCUGCGACGCUGGACGCCGCCAUACAGACUGUUCUCCUGGCUUACUGUCAUCCAGACGAUGGGCGGCUCUGGUCGGUCCACGUCCCCAGACGGAUCAAGAUGUUCAGCCUCAACGUCGGGACGGCCCUGGCCGUCGCCGGCGGCGAGCAAAGUUUUCAUUUCAUCUCCGCGCUCCCCGACAAAGGCCAGAUGGGACUUUGCGGCGACGCUGAUCUGCUCACACAUGACGGCAGACCCCUGGCGCAGAUCAUCGGUGUCGACUGCGUAUCCCUGAGCCCGUCAAACGCCGACAACGACGCCCGGCUCUUCUUCACCACCCAGUGGGCGCCAGCCUCACCAGACGCUGCCACCGUCUGCUGGGACGGACGGGCCGCCGAGGCCGAUCACCAGCUUGCCCUCGACCUCGAGAGGCUCUCCUUUUUCUACAUGAGGCAGCUCGACAAGGACAUCCCGCUGGACCAUCCGCAGCGGACGCAGGGAGCAUGGCAUACGCCCGAGAUCAAAGCCGUCAUCAAGGCCAGACAUCCAGAUAGCUUGGAUCGAAGGCUGGCCGAGGCGGUGGGCGAAAAUGUCAGCCAGGUCGUGCGCGAUGGACACACGAUGCUGGAGCACCUGCUUGAGGAUGGUCUGUUGGAUGACUACUAUCAUCAUGGAACAACCAACAAGAGCCACAUUCAGUAUCUGGCGAGAGUGGUUGGGCAGUUGUCUCACAGAUAUCCGGGCAUGAAUAUUCUUGAAGUUGGAGCCGGAACCGGUAGUGCUACAAAGAGCAUAUUCAACCAGGUUGGAGACAAGUUUGCCUCUUAUACCUACACGGACAUUUCCGUUGGCUUUUUCGAAAAGGCACGCGAGGUCUUUGGGAAACAUGUCGACAAGAUGGUGUUUACAACUUUGGAUCUUGAAAAAGACAUUCUUAAUCAGGGUUACAAGGCGCAUUCCUAUAAUUUGGUGGUGGCAUCCCUGGUGCUGCACGCCACAUCCAACCUAAAAGACACACUUUCCAACGUCAGACGGCUGCUGAGGCCAGGCGGCUUUCUCGUCAUCAACGAGAUCACGGACAAGGACGCCGCCAGGUUGGGUUUUGUAUUCGGCACACUACCACAGUGGUGGAUCGGCGAGGCAGAGGGUCGCACGCUGUCGCCCUGCAUCGGCCCCAUGGAAUGGGGCUCCCUGCUUCAACGUGCCGGUUUCUCCCACAUCGACUCCAUCACACCGGACUUUGACCUGCCGGCGUUCCCCAACUCCAUCAUAUGUACCCAGGCCGUUGACCACAGGGCUCUUGUGCUGCGAAAUCCACUGUCCAACUCGACCGUGCUCCCCAGAUUGCUCGUCGUGGGGGGUUCGACCACGGCGACGGUUGGGCUCGUAGGCAGACUUGUCCAAGGAUUGAGUCCCCAUUACCACGACAUUUUCCACAUCAGCAGCCUCUCUGCACUCGACAGAGAUAGGCAUCUGGGCGCCACAGUGCUGUCGCUUGCCGAUCUGGACAGACCGACAUUUGACAAGAUCGACGACGAGACGAUGUCGGCCUUGAUAGAUGUCUUGGAGAACUGCUCGACAAUUCUUUGGAUCACCCACAACGCCAAAGAUGCAGUUCCAGCUGCCUACAUGUCGCUUGGCUUCUUCCGCACCGUCCUCUGGGAGAUGCCCGACACCCGCCUCAGGACCAUUGAUUUUGUGGACGGAAGCGAGCCCGAAUCUUCAGUCAUUGCCGCGUCCUUGCUCGAGUUUGAGCUCGCCAAGAGGUGGUCUACCGAGUCCCAGGAGCACUCUUUACUCUGGUCUGAUGAGCGCGAGCUGGUUUAUCGACACGGGAGGUUUGAGAUACCUCGACUCGUGAGCAACGAUGCAAUCGACGCUAGGUACAACGCGAGCCGCAGAGCCAUCUAUCACAGUCAAGACAGCAAGCAGCUACGUCUCUCGUCGUCGGGGGGCUGGCUUGAGGAGGACACGGGUUCCCCAUACCUGGCGGCCACUGUCGCCAAGUCUAAGCAGAGCGGGAGGGUCAAAGUCCGGGUAGAUUUCUCCACGGGUUUCAGAGUACCGGGGGUGACUUGCCAAGGCCUCUGGAACGCCUACAUCGUAGCAGUUGGUGUAGCCAAGGGCAAGCGGCGCGUCCUGGCUGUAACCAAUGAUUGCGGAAAGACGGUCUGGCCGUCGGCAGGCUCGGUGCUUGACAUCAGCGACGAUGCCUACCGUGACGGCCCGGUCCUGCUCACCCAGAUCGCCGGCGUGAUGCAGGCCACCUAUCUGCUCGCCCAGGUCCCGCAAGGUGGCCGCCUGCUUCUGCACGAGCCCAGUGAUGAACUAGCAGCCGCUGUCGACGCUCUUGCUCAAGAGCGUGGGGUGCAUCUCACCAAAACCUCCUCAACCCGCCAGAGGAAGAAGUUUACUUUUAUUGAUCCUUCGUGGCCGCUACGCACUGUCAGGGCCAGGCUUGGCCAAAACAUUGACUACUUUGCCGACGCCACAACAUGUCAAAAUGACCACGAGACUUGCGCAAAGAUAAUCACCCCAUGCUUGCCCGCAACCACGACAGUUAUCAAUACAGCGCCUCUCCUUUCACCAGAGGCUUUCCAGGCCCCAGAGAAGAGCGGACGCGAUAUCGUCUUUCCCUGUUCAGCAGCAGCCGCCGGCCCCCCGUCCGCCCAACUCCUGUCCGCUUACCGUCUGGCCCGAACCUUGUCGGUGACGACUCUUGAGGUCGUGUCCUUGAAUGACUUUGGUUCGCAGCCCAUGGAUGUACGGCGCAAGAUCAUUCAAUGGAAAGGGACAAAAGCCCCCUUGGUCCGCAUAUCUCCGACUUGUCGACUGGUGACCUUGCGUCCUGACAGGACGUACUGGUUUGCUGGUUUGACUAGCGAUCUGGGCUUGUCGCUGUGCGAAUGGAUGAUUGACAGGGGAGCACGGUAUCUGGUGUUGAGCAGCCGCAAUCCCAAAGUGGACUCCAAGUGGAUCGACAAGAUGCAUCGCGACACGGGAGCAGCGGUCAAAGUCAUUUCUGCCGAUGUUGCCGACGACGGCAGUCUUGCCAAAGCCUACAGCGACAUAAAGAACAGCAUGCCCGCCCUGGCUGGUGUUGUACACGGAGCCAUGGUGCUCGACGACAAGCCCGUGCGCUCCCUAGACGCCAAGAGCAUGGCGAGGGUCGCCGGGCCCAAGGUGCAUGGAAGCAACAACCUGCAUCGGCUCCUCGGCAGAGAAAAGACGUCGUUGGACUUUUUCGUCUUGUUUUCGUCCAUAAGCACCGUGCUUGGAAGCUACGGCCAGGCCAACUACUCGGCGUCCAACUCGUACAUGCGAAGCCUGGCGUUGCAGAGAAGACAAGAUGGGAAACCAGCAUCUGUGCUGAAUCUGGGGCUCGUCAUCGGCAUCGGCUACGCCUCCAGCAAUCUCAGCCAGUCCGAAAAGGAACGAUUCCGGAGCAACGGUUUCAAGUGGAUCUCCGAGGUCGAUCUUCAUCACGCAUUUGCCGAGGCUGUCCUCGCCAGCCCUGCAGGGUCUGGAGUCGACCACGAAAUCACCAUCGGCGUGGACCGAUUUGCCGCCGAAGCUCCCAGCAAGCCCUUCUGGACCGAGAACCCCCGCUUGUCACACUUGCUCACAUAUGGGACCACCACUCGGGAGAAUCUCAAGAGCGAUACUGCCUGCUCCAAACUGACGCCGCGCGAGAUGCUUGCGACUGUCUCCUCCAUGGCCGAUGCCAGACUGAUAAUCAAGGACUCGUUCUUGCUUAAACUGCAAAGCAUGCUACGUCUCUCGGCAUCUCAAAUGGAGGAGGAAUCGGCAAUCCUCAACUCGGCCACCGACCAACUCGGAUUCGACUCCCUCAUCGCUGUAGAAGUGCGUAGCUGGUUCCACAAGACCUUUGGAGUCAGCAUGUCGACCCUCGAGAUUUUGAGCGGCGUCACCAUCAAUGGCAUCAUCACAAACGCAUGUCUCAAGGUCAAGGCCGACCUGGCUAUCACGACGCACGCGGCAUCGCAUCCAGCGAGCGAGCAAGGCGAGGACUCUCACUCCACCACCCUCAUGUCUGACGCAUCCACCUUGAACAACACGGUCGUGUAUAGACUGAGUGGAAAGCUGAAUGUUCAAAAACUAUCCAAGGCAGUCGAGGCCGUUGCGAAACGCCACGAGUCGCUCAGAACUGGAAUCGAGAUGGACGGGCAAGGCAUUGCCAAGCAGGUUGUUUUUGUCCAACCCCAGCUUCACCUCGAGGCUUUUGAACUACCUGAAGGGCGCCUAGCUUGCACAAUUCGAGGUCUUGAGGAGCACAAAUAUGAUGUUGAAAACGGGAAAAGCGUACGAAUUAUAGUUGCCUCGACUUCGUCCACAGAACACCAUCUCCUUAUUGGGUUCCACCAUAUCAAUAUGGACGGCAUUAGCCUGCAGGUUCUUCUUUCAGAACUUGAUUGUGCCUACAGAGGUGACCCCUUGAACGGAUCCCCACUGCAGUUUGUUGACUUUUCCCGGCGUCAGCAAGACGCGCUGGAGAAGGGGGAGUGGGAUUGCCAUUUGGAAUUUUGGCGGAAUCGGCUCGCCGAUCCUCCGGCGCAGCUUCCCAUCUUACCACUUCCCAACGCUGCCAAGCUGAGAUGCCCUCUUGUGGAAUAUCGAACCACCGAGGUUGAGGCUCGGCUCGAACCGUCUACCGUCAGGAUGGUCCACGAAAGAUGCCGGCAGCUACGGGUCACGCCGUUUUGCUUUUACCUCGGCGUUUUCCGCGUGCUCCUCGCCAGGCUGGCCAAUAUCAAUGACUUUUGCAUCGGCAUAGCGGACGCCAACCGUCUCGAUGGUGACAUGCUUGACGCGGUCGGCAUGUAUCUCAACCUGCUGCCUCUAAGGUUCCGGACCAGCGGGGGAGAAACCUUUGAGGACAUUUCCCAAAACACCAAAGAUACAAUCAGGGAGAGCCUCGAGCACUCUGCCGUUCCCUUUGGCGUUAUGCUGAGCGAGCUCGGUGUCCCUCGCUCGGCCGAUCACAGCCCCAUCUUCCAAGCCUUUGUCGACUAUCGACAGGGGGCCAAGGAAAAGCAAAGCCUGGGUGAUUGCGAGCUCGAGGUAUACCACUACCAGGGAGCAAAGACGGCAUACGAUGUCAGCCUCGACAUUAUCGACUCUGGCGAGCUCCCGACCGCUGUCAGACUCGCUGUGCAGGACAGCUUGUACUCGAGAGAGGAUGGCAAGCUUCUUCUUGGUGCGUUUGUGCACCUCGUCAAGUUGCUAGCGGCGACAGCAACAACGGAAGAGGAGGGGCAUCGUGUCAGCAUUGAAAAUCUGCCAAUCUUUCCGGCAGACGUGGUGCAAGACGCGGUGCAGCUCGGACGGGGACCGUCAAAGGACCCGACCUGGCCCGGAACACUCCUUGACCGCGUCGCCGAGGUGUCAUCUUGCCGCAGCCACGAGGUUGCCAUUGUGGACGCAGAAGACGAGCCAGGUGCAGACUGGAUCGUCUCUCUCUUGGCCAUUUGGAGGGUCGGCUGUGUAUACAUGCCCUUUGACGCUGCCACUCCAAUGUCGAGGAUUGCCAUAAACUGCGCUCAUGCUUCUCCGCAGCUGGUCUUGGUCGAUGAAGCAUUUGUGACCACUGCAUCCACCCUCGAGAAGCCCCUGCUCAACGUCUCGUCCAUCCCACGCGCAAACAAGCCGCCAGGCCCUCGUACCACGCUCAGCUUUCCAGAGACUACUCGCCGCCCGACAGACCCCGCCGCGGUUCUUUACACCAGUGGUUCCACCGGCACACCCAAGGGUAUAGUGCUGUCCCACGAGAACCUCGUCCACGAGAUUGAGUUCUCGUCGGCGAGCUACGACUUUGGCGUCGAACGGGUCCUGUGCCAGAGCGCACUCGGCUUCGACAUGUCGUUGACGCAAAUCUUUUCGGCCCUCGCCUUUGGCGGCUCGCUGCACAUGCUUCCCAGGUCUCAGCGGGGCGACGCCCUGGCCAUCACGAAGCGAAUCCUCGAUUCCGGCAUCACCUUGACGGGAGCUACGCCCUCGGAAUACAUGAGCUGGAUCAGCUUUGGCGGCGCGGAUCUAGCUCGUUCCAACUGGCGGCGUGCCGUUUGUGGCGGCGAGCCAGUGACCACAUCGCUGCUCCGCGCCUUUGACUCCAUCGGGCGUCCCGAGCUGAGACUCUUCAACGCCUAUGGCCCUACGGAGACGACUUGCUCCGCCACGAGGACCGAGCUGGAUUACCGUGGACCCUGGGGGGACAGACCGACAACGUCCGGUCGUGCCGCCCCCAACUGCUCGGUCUGCAUUGUCGACGCGAAUCUUGCACCCCUUCCCGUGGGCAUGCCUGGCGAGGUGCUGAUCGGCGGCGCAAAGGUCGCGCUUGGGUACCUGGGCAGCUGCGAGCUCACGGCCACCAGGUUCAUCCCGCACGCCUCGAUCCAUGAGGAUUUUGCUGCCAGGGGCUGGACGUCGGUCCACCGCACGGGGGACGUCGGCCGCCUCUUGCCCGACGGAGCCCUUGUGCUGCAGGGUAGGGUAGACGGUGAUACUCGGGUGAAGCUCAGGGGUAACAGGGUGGACUUGGUCGACGUCGAAGAAGCUAUGCUUCAGGCUGGGCAGGGUCAACUACUCCAGGUUUUUGCCUGCCUCUACUGUCCCGAUCUGGCCAGCGACGACGGUGCUCUGGCUCACCCAGAGUCGGCUGUGUUGGCUGCCCUUGUGGUUGUCGAUCCUUGUCACCCCUCUGCCGACAGGGAAGAAUUGUUUGCAGAUUUACUAAAGCGAGUCUCCCUCCCACGCGCUCAAAAACCCACCGUCGUCAAAGCGGUCGAGUCUCUGCCCACUACUGUCAGCGGCAAGGUGGACCGAAAGGCCGCGGCCAAGUUGCUACCCAAACUAGUGGGUUCUCCGCCAGCCGUCCUUGGUGGAGAACAAGACAAGGAGCUAUCCGAGACUGAAUCUCAGCUGCGUGAAAUUUGGCUACAGACCCUGCCGGCCGGUUGCUAUGCCCAGGUGCGCGGGUCCUCUGAUUUUUUCCACAGCGGAGGGGAUUCUCUCCUCCUCGUCGCGCUGCAGCGCAAGAUAAAACAGGCGUUUGGGAUACACGUCCCGCUUGUCGACAUGUUUGACUCGAGUACCUUGAAGGAAAUGAGCCUUUUGAUUGAGCAAAAGUCUGCCGACGAGGCACCGAUCGACUGGCACCUCGAGACCGAGCCCAGCCUAAACCUCAAGAAAACCGACCUCGGCAAGACCGAGUUGGACCUGGUCACUAUUCCAAGCGACGGGCCUGCCGUCGUAGUACUCACAGGGGCGACUGGACUUCUCGGCAGGGCCCUCCUGCAGGCCUUCAUCUCGGACGCAAGAAUCUCGACGAUCCACUGCAUCGCGGUCCGCCGAACAGAUGCCCUGGCCUCUUUCAUUUCUUCCAACAAGGUACAAGUGCACGCUGGGGACUUGUCGCUCAGCCGGCUGGGCCUGUCACCCGCGGCCGCGCGCCGCAUCUUCUCCGAGGCGCACGUGGUGGUCCACAACGGGGCCGACGUCUCACACCUCAAGUCGUAUCGGACCAUCAAACGUGCCAACGUGGGUUCCACGGCCCAGCUCAUCCAAAUGUCUCUGGACUGCGGCCGGCUGCUGCCCCUUCACUUUGUGUCCACGGCCGGCGUUUCGUUGUACUCUGGCCUGGAGGAGUUCCCCGAAGUCUCCGCAGCGGAUUUCCCGCCUCCUGCGGAUAACAAAUCGGACGGAUAUACGGCGUCCAAGUGGGUGAGCGAACGGCUCUUGGAGAAGUGCCACGAGAUUUUUGGGCUUCCGGUGUGGAUUCACAGGCCGUCAAACAUCCACCGGGUGCACGACCCUCAGUUUGACCUCUUUCAGAACCUGCUCCGGUUCUCGGCUGCACUGCAGGCCAUUCCGGUGUUUCCCAGCCUUCGAGGUCAUCUGAAUCUCGUCGAGGCGGUCGAUGUAGCGCAGGAGAUAUUGGGGGACGUGUUUGCAGAUCAGGGUGAUAAGGUCAACUACCGACACCGGAUAGGGGCACGGAACUUGUCCAUGGAUGGACUUGCAGAUUUUAUCAGGAGCGACCCCUCGUCUGACGUUAAAGUGAUGGAUGUGGACACUUGGAGGGGCUUGGCUGAAGCUCAAGGCUUGCCAAAGACGGUGAGCGAGUGGUUUGGAAAGGUUGCACGCGGAAGUCCCGUCAGCCUUCGUCGGGGUUCGUGUGCUACGACCAAAGGGUUGGGCCGGUACCCAGCCUGGACCUCUGGAAUACAUCUGGCCGGCCUGGCCCAAGACCACGCCGGGGGACAUCGGACUAGGAGCCCCUCGCGACCAAAACGCAAAUGCAACCAAGCCAGUGCUGGAUCAAAAGCAAUGCAAUGCCCGCGUCGCCCAGCCGGCCAGAAUCAGCAGGGCAGCAAACGCAGCUGGAAGAGCGCCAGCCACAGGCCAGCGUCAGGACGAGAGGGAGCUUUAGCAGCUACGCAUCGAACCAUCAGUCUGACCCACGUGGACGCGCACUCGAACCUGCUCGACCGCGACGCCAUGGGAGGGUUUUUUGUUGUCCAGCAGCAGCAUUAA